ACCUAUCCUCUCCUCCUCCUCCUUCUGGGUUGGGGAUUUUUGGGGGCUGGUGGGGGUGGCUUGCUCGGCCGGCUGGAUUGUUAAUCUGGGUAGCAGCCGGAGUCCUGGGAAUCAAUGGGAAUCGACGCGCCGAGGUUUUACUACUAGAGCAGCUCCUGGACUGGAGGGAGAAAGCGGGAGGCAGGGAAAUAAACUAAAAGCAAAGCAGCAGCAGCAGCAGCCCCCCCCCCCCGCCGCCCCGGAUCGCCCGCGCUCCCGGUUUCUCCGCUCAACACCCAGGGAAUCGAGGAAGGGAGCCGAAGGAAGGCGGCCAGAGGGGGGACUAGGAGCCGGCGGAGAAGCGGAAGAGGAGCUUUGCCCCGCUGGGGCGUUUGGGGUCUUCUGGCUUUCGGCUUGUUUUGCCCUUUUGAAAACUGUGGCAAGAACUUUUGGGAGUUGCGGGUCGCGGCUUCUGGGAAGGUCCUCCGGUCCAGAGCAGCAGGCCCUGCCCAGCGCUUAAAGGGGGCGGCCGGGAGAGAAGAGCGCGCCAGCUGAGAGGGGCUCCCCUCGUCCUCGGCUUGGCGGGGCCGAGCGCGCCUUCCCGCCGGCGGCGCACCUUCCGCGAGGGCGAGCCGAGAGGACGCUGAGCGGAGGGAGACGAGGCCGCCGCCUGGACCAUGUAAUUGGGGAGCCCAGGAGAGCCUCCUUCCGAGUCUCCUUCUUCCUUGUCCCGGCCAAAAAAGAGCAGGCGAUCAAAGCUCGACGAUGACGAAGAAGCCGGCACGAAGAGUGCUCUGCUGGGUCAGCUUCCUCGCGAUCGCCGGCACCUUCCGCCUCGCCGCUGCUCAGUCAGUUUGUGCUGGCACGGAGAACAAGCUAAGCUCUUUGUCUGAUCUUGAGCAACAGUAUCGUGCAUUGCGAAAGUACUAUGAGAACUGCGAGGUAGUUAUGGGUAACCUAGAAAUCACCAGCAUUGAACAUAACCGAGAUCUCUCCUUCUUACGGUCUAUCCGAGAAGUCACUGGCUAUGUUUUGGUAGCUUUGAAUCAAUUUGAAUACCUUCCCUUGGAGAAUCUGCGCAUCAUCCGUGGAACUAAACUCUAUGAUCGUUCUGCAUUGGCCAUCUUCCUUAACUACAAAAAGGAUGGUAGCUUUGGACUCAGGCGACUUGGACUGAAGAACUUGACUGAAAUCUUAAAUGGAGGAGUAUAUGUUGGACAGAACAGAUUUCUUUGCUAUGCAGACACUAUUCAGUGGGAAGAUAUUGUUCGUAACCCUUUGGCUUCCAACUUUUCUGUGGUUCCGAAAAACAGCAGUGCAGAUUGUGGACCUUGUCACAAGUCCUGUGGAAACCGGUGCUGGGGACCUUCAGCAGAUGAAUGCCAGACCUUGACGAAGAUGGUAUGUGCUGAGCAAUGUGAUGGCAGGUGUUACGGGCGCUCCGUCAGCGAAUGCUGCCACCGUGAAUGCGCAGGAGGCUGUUCUGGACCAAAAGACACCGAUUGCUUUGCUUGUAUGAAUUUUAAUGACAGCGGGGCUUGUGUCACGCAGUGUCCGCAGACUUCAGUUUACAAUCCUGCCACCUUCCAGAUGGAAAACAACCGAGACGGCAAAUACACCUAUGGUGCUUUUUGUGUCAAAAAGUGCCCGCAUAACUUUGUAGUUGACAUCAGCUCUUGUGUGCGUGCCUGUCCCAGCCCCAAGAUGGAAGUUGAAGAAAACGGCAUUAAGACAUGUAAACCAUGCACUGACAUUUGCCCUAAAGCAUGUGAUGGCAUCGGUACAGGAAGUUUGAUGUAUGCCCAAACGGUAGACUCCAGCAACAUUGACAAAUUUGUCAACUGUACCAAGAUCAAUGGGAACCUUAUCUUCCUUGUCACUGGGAUUCAUGGGGACCCCUAUCACACAAUAGAAGCAAUUGACCCUCAGAAUUUAAAUGUCUUUCAAACAGUGAGAGAGAUAACAGGAUUCCUGAAUAUACAAUCAUGGCCUGAAAACAUGACCGAUUUCAGUGUGUUUUCUAACCUAGUUACUAUCGGUGGAAGAGCACUAUACAGUGGCCUUUCUUUGCUUAUUCUCAAGCAGCAGGGAAUUAGAUCUCUACAGUUCCAGUCCCUGAAGCAUAUCAGUGCUGGCAACAUCUACAUAACAGACAAUAGUAACUUGUGCUACUAUCACACCAUCAACUGGACCAGUCUCUUCAGCACUCCUAAUCAAAAGACUGUGAUCCACAGAAAUAAGAAGGCUGAAAACUGCACUACGGAGGGCAUGGUGUGCAGCCAUUUAUGCUCAAGAAAUGGAUGUUGGGGGCCAGGACCGGACCAAUGUUUGUCCUGCAAACACUUCAUCAGGGGAAGGACCUGCGUAAAGGCUUGUAAUCUUUAUGAUGGGGAAUACAGGGAGUUUGCAAAUGGUUCUGUCUGCGUGGAGUGCGACCCUCAGUGCGAGAAGAUGGACAACAGGAGGAUCACCUGCCGGGGGCCGGGAGCAGACCAGUGCACCAAGUGCUUCCAUUUUAAAGAUGGCCCCAACUGCGUCGAAAAGUGCCCUGAUGGUGUACAAGGGACAAACAGCUUCAUAUUCAAAUAUGCUGAUGAAGACCGUGAAUGUCACUCUUGUCAUCCAAACUGUACUCAGGGGUGCAUAGGCCCACGCCUGGAGGACUGCAUUGGUUUCAUGGAUAGGUGUAGAGGCCCCUCUAGUCAUGACUGCAUUUACUAUCCGUGGACACGCCAGUCCACUUUACUACAACACGCUAGAACGCCCCUGAUAGCUGCCGGAGUGAUUGGAGGACUCUUCAUCAUCGUCAUUCUGGGCUUGACGUUUGCAGUUUAUGUGAGGCGCAAGAGCAUCAAAAAAAAGAGGGCUUUGCGAAGGUUCUUGGAGACUGAGCUGGUGGAACCCUUGACCCCUAGUGGCACAGCCCCCAACCAGGCACAGCUUCGCAUUCUGAAAGAAACAGAGCUGAAACGUGUCAAAGUCCUUGGAUCUGGGGCCUUUGGAACUGUGUAUAAGGGUGUUUGGGUUCCUGAGGGAGAGAGUGUGAAGAUUCCUGUGGCCAUUAAAAUCCUGAAUGAGACAACUGGCCCCAAAGCCAAUGUGGAGUUCAUGGAUGAAGCUCUUAUAAUGGCAAGCAUGGAUCAUCCACAUCUGGUACGGCUCCUCGGAGUCUGCUUGAGCCCUACCAUCCAGCUAGUUACUCAGCUGAUGCCCCAUGGCUGCUUAUUGGACUACGUUCAUGAACACAAGGAUAACAUUGGCUCCCAGCUGCUGCUGAACUGGUGUGUCCAGAUAGCCAAGGGAAUGAUGUACCUGGAAGAGAGGCGAUUGGUUCACAGAGACUUGGCAGCCAGGAAUGUCUUAGUGAAAUCACCAAACCAUGUGAAGAUCACAGACUUUGGCUUGGCCAGGCUACUGGAAGGGGAUGAGAAAGAGUACAGUGCUGAUGGAGGAAAGAUGCCAAUUAAGUGGAUGGCUCUUGAGUGUAUACAUUACAGGAAGUUCACACAUCAGACUGACGUAUGGAGCUAUGGUGUCACCAUUUGGGAGCUUAUGACCUUUGGUGGAAAGCCCUAUGAUGGCAUCCCAACAAGAGAAAUCCCUGACUUGCUAGAGAAAGGGGAGCGCUUGCCACAACCUCCGAUCUGCACCAUUGAUGUUUACAUGGUGAUGGUGAAAUGUUGGAUGAUUGAUGCUGACAGUCGGCCUAAGUUCAAGGAAUUGGCUGCUGAGUUUUCUAGAAUGGCUCGAGAUCCUCAGAGAUACCUGGUGAUCCAGGGUGACGAUCGCAUGAAACUCCCAAGCCCAAAUGACAGCAAGUUUUUCCAGAAUCUUCUGGAUGAGGGAGACCUGGAAGACAUGAUGGAUGCUGAAGAAUACCUAGUUCCUCAGGCAUUUAACAUUCCUCCACCCAUCUAUACAUCCAGGGCAAGAAUGGACUCCAACAGGAGUGAAAUUGGACACAGCCCUCCUCCUGCCUACGCCCCUAUGUCAGGAAACCAGUUUAUCUACAGAGACGGCAGCUUGGCUACCGAACAAGUAAUUCCUUUGCCAUACCGAGCUGCCAUGCCAAGCAUAGCACCAGAACUUCCCAUCAUGCAAAGUGCUGCAGAGAUCUGCGAUGAUACUUGCUGCAAUGGCACCUUGCGGAAGCAAGUGACCAGCCUUUCACAGGAAGACAGCAUCACUCAGAGGUACAGCGCUGACCCAACAGUUUUUAUACCUGAACGGGGGCCAAGAAACGAGCUGGAUGAAGAUGGAUACAUGACUCCAAUGCCAGAAAAACCCAAAACAGAUCACCUGAAUCCUGUGGAGGAGAACCCAUUUGUCUCUCGGCGGAAAAAUGGUGAUCUUCAAGCACUGGACAACCCAGAAUAUCACAACGGCCAAAAUGGCCCACCCAAAGCAGAGGAUGAGUAUGUGAACGAGCCACUGUACCUCAACACCUUCACAGGCACCUUCGAGAAUGCAGAGUACCUGAAGAAAAACGGGCUUCCAUUUCCAGAGAAACCCAAGAAGGCGUUUGACAACCCAGGUUACUGGAAUCACAGCCUGCCCCCACGGAGUACCCUACAGCACCCGGACUACCUGCAGGAAUACAGCACAAAAUAUUUUUACAAACAAAAUGGAAGGAUCCGGCCCAUUGUGGCAGAGAACCCCGAAUACCUCUCAGAGUUCUCCCUGAAGCCUGGCACAAUGCUGCCCCCUCCACCCUACAGACACCGAAACACAGUGGUGUAAUCCCCAAAGCGUGGAAGUCAUGGGGGACCCAUAUACCAGCACUCUCCUUUCUCCUCCGUCUCUGUCUCCCUUCUCUUCUGUCCCUUCUUCUUACCCUCUCUUCUCCUUUUCUUGCCAGUUCUUCCUGCAGGUGGUUGUCUGCAAAUGGAAAGGCACAGUUAAGUCAUUUGUUCCAGGAAGCCGGGAAGAAAGAAAAGUAAAGAGUGAAUGAAGCAGCGGGGAGGGAGGGAGGGAGGCUGGCAUUUCUCACUUUCUGUGCACCCGCAGGGCCAGGAGGUCAGACAAGCCAAUGAAUACUAGUAAAAGCCGGUGGCGGUGUUGCCUGCUGUCCAACUAGUUCUCCGCGUAGCAAUUCAGCUUUGAUGCUGCAGGGAAAGUCACAACAGUGCCAGCUUCUAUCAGCAGGAAAUGCUGAGAGCCACCGGAGCAAUCCUGGAGGGGGCAGUGCGGUUUUGGGCAGGGGGAGGGAAAAGAGAGGGUAGGAAAGGACAUUUUUAAUAUCAUGAGUGAUGACAUAAUGAGAUUGAAAAUCCGACUUCUUUCUUUAACACUUUAUAUUCUACCACAUAAACAAAAUGGCUAACCCAGCUUGCCAUUCCCAUCUUGUUCACUGUGUCCGUCCAUCCGCCCAUCCAUCAAAGGGAUCACACUGAAGAUCACAUGACUCUCUGGCCAGUCCCCUGUUCUCCACCACUUCUGCAGUUGGGGGUCUGUUUUCUAACUGCACAGACCUAACUUCUUCAUGCUUCUGUGCAUGACACUACAGGUUUUCUACAGGUCAAUAGGAGAACAAAUGUUUUGAAAGCAAAAAUGAUUUCAGGACACAAAGGCCAAAAUUAUAGGGAAAACAACAACAUCUCAUUUUUUGAGGGCAAGCCACCAACCAAGAUUUAUAUGCACAGAGCCUCCUGUUGAUGUUUUAUACUUCUUGAAUACAAAAUGUAGCUAUUUUCUCCUCAGUUUCUUCUGGUUUAUCAGCUAAAGUUGGGAAGCAGUAGAGGAUACUGAGGACUGGACAGAGGGAGAAAAUCCAUCGUUGUUGUUCUUUUAAUUCAUGGUUUUGGGGUUGUUUUUGUUUUAAGGGUGACCUGCUUCUAAAGGAGGCAGGGUCAGGAGGCAGACUUCAGUUCAUAAAGAAGAAAACGCACAUGGCAGAUCACUGGAAAAUUCAUUUGCACUUAAGCUACGGUUUUAAUUUUUGUCCUCACCCUGAACUGUAUUCUGGAAUCUGAAUGAAGCAAUAUGGAAGUGACCAGCAAAAUAAAAUAAUUUAAAAUGUAAAAUGAAUUAUUAUUAUAAUGAUAUAUAAAUAUAGAUAUAUAUAAAAGAUGACUGUGGAAAAUGCCAAAACAAAGUGAAGUCUUUGGAACUUUGUUCAUCAGUGCAACGACUGCUCACAGGAAAACUGUUGAAGGAGUAACUAGCCUUGGUGCUGCCUCAGAAAGGAAAGCUGAUUACAGGGCAGGGGGAAAUGCGGGAAGAAGUGCUGGACUGACUUGGACUAGCAGACAAAGACUGGUGAGGCCUGCUUAUUGCUUUCCUAGCACAAAGAAGAAACACGAAGCAAGGUUUUAGAAAUUCCGGGUGUGCAUGGCUAUUACAUUCUCAGUCAAAACUGUAAAUAAUUUCAAAGCUUUCUCUCAUCUACGAACCUUCAUUCUCUGCUGGCUUUUACAUGCUAUUUUUAAUUUUUUUUUAAAAAAAGUUUUUUUUAGUUUGUUCCCUUCAUGACUGGUUUUUUUUUUUUUUAGCUCGAGUUUAUUUAUACAGCUCUGAAGACAUAAUAUCUACUAGGGGCAAGGGGGGGGGGAAUCACCCUCAUUCUUACAGUGCAAUCCUGUCUACUCAGAAGCAAGCCCCACUGAUUUCAAUGGGGCUUAAUCCCAGGAAAAUGGAUUGCGGGCUCACUAUAUGUCAAAUGAAAUUGCAGGAGGGGCAAUAGUAUUUUGUUGUAUGCACUUUAGUAAUGAUUAAAACCAAGCGCGUCGAAUAAUGGCAGGGAGCUGAGUCAAAAUACUUCACAUAUCCUAUUAGACUGAAAACAAGUCAAGGGGUGCCUUCAGCAUUUUAGAGAACCAUGUUAGGGGAUAUUUCAAGAACUAGCUUUCAGGUUUAUUCUGCUAAAUGAACAAAGCUCAUAGUUUCAGGAGUUGACUUGUUAUAGGUAGCCAUUUGCUCAUAAAGUAUGUUUCUGUGACGCUCCAGCCUCUCUCUGUCACCAAGCAACAGAGUAGUACUUAUUUAUGGCUGGAAUUUAAGGGGCAAAACACCUGUGUGGGGGAAAGGGAAUGCUAAAAGUCUCAGCCUUUUAAAAAUGGUUUAGCACUGCCCUACUAACCUUAUCUCUUAAACACCAACAGAAUGACCCCAAAGGCUCUCAGUGACCAAGGCAGGACUCCUUGCAUAGCAGUCACAUCCAGGGUCCAGAACAGGUGAUAGUUCUGCAGCUAUCAGCCCAAAACCCCAGGCAAGUUGAGCAGAGAAGAGCCAGGGCAUGGAGCCAGGGCGCGGGGAGCUCUUGCCACACCCAAUCCUCUGGCCAAGGUAGAUUUUGAAAGCACAUCAUCCUACAAGCCAUUGUAGAUCCCAUGGUUACCCAAGAGUGGCCUCUUGGUAUGGUCCAAGUAGCAAACUCAGAUUGUGAGGUCAUUUUGGGAAGCACUGGUGAUCCACAAAGAAAUUUCAUAGACAUUUGACAUGUCUUGAGAAAACCCAUGGAAGCUUGUGCUUUUGCUUCUUGAUGUUUGUUUGUUUGCUUGGGUUUAUUGUGUUUUCUGGCUCCUUGGUAUAUGAUGAUAGCCAGACAUGGCAUAAAUGUAUAUUUAAAGAUGAGUGAUAACUGCCCUCUAGCCACUGUUCCCUGUCGCUGGGAUCCAGCAUGUUAUUCUGGUCACCCUGGAAGCAGGAGUACCAGCUCAUCAACUCUCAUAUAUUCUGUCAGCAACACUGGCUCCCACUGCCCUGGGGAUCCCAGUAAACAUGAUGGUGCUUAGCCCGCCUUCCGGUGGCUGCACCCGGUCAACUCUUUUAUGUCUGUGCACAGGAGAUGCUGCUAGGCAGGAACUCGGGGAUUUCUGGUUCUCAAAAGUGCAUUCCAUAUCAGGAGGCAUAUAUUUCUCUGUCUUUCAGACUACAGGUUCUUGAACUUCCUGAACCAGUUCAAUCUCUCUCUGCCCAGAACUGAACAAAUUAUGUACUAAGUUACUACGUGGUGUAAUAUGACCUGAGCCUCACUGAGCUAACGAUGCAUAUUUCUAGGUUUGUUUUGCUUUAAAGAUGGAGCCGAGUGAGACCUGACUUCACAUUGGAUUGGCCUUAUUUCUGCAUGUAAAGUAUUAGUCUGCCCAGUUAUUGGAAAUUACAUUUUUUGUGUGUGAGAGUAGACUUUUUCAUUCCUUCCACUAAAGCAGUACAAAACAUGGGUUCUUCCAGAAAAUGCUUAAUUUUAAGUAUCUGCAUUUAAUUGCCAGGUAGAAGAGUGCUUACUGUAGGCAUGAGACUUAUUUCCAAUUACACAGUUUCUCUAAAAAAUAUUGUUUAGUUACUCAAAAUAUGUGUCAAACUGCAGUGAGAAGGAAGGAGACAUUCAUAAUACAAUGUUUAGUGUCAGAAUCAAUUGCACAAUGGACAGAAAUGUGUGCAGGCCUGGUGAAGUUUAUUCUCUUGAUGUGCUGGCCAAAUUCCCAUUUGUAACAGCAGAAAAGCAGUGUGUGCAGAACGCAAAGAAUUGGUGUUCAAGUGCUGGCUGCUCACUGAUUUCAGAAGUUUUAGUUUACCCAUUGAGGGAGGUGGUAGAGAGUGGCUUUUAAGGGGGUUCUGAAAACCAGUUGUAUUGCCCCAGGGGUGACUACAGGGAGAAAGUGUUAUUUUCAUAUCCAACUUAGAGGCUUCUACCACCAUUGGAAAUAAGAUGGCCUACUAAGUAGGGUGAUUCCUACAUUCUUAGGGAGCCUGCUAGAUGAAAGCAGAACAUUCUUUGACACUACGGAUGCUGCAAGUGUUAAGGAAACAUUUUCUACCAUCAGUGGAGAUUUCACUGCUAUAGCCAUAUACAGUAUACCAUAGGAUUACUGAGGCAAAGUUAUGGUGGUUUUCCUGGGUCUUCAAAUAUAGAAGUCUCCAGACAGAUAGCUGUCUGACCAUUUCACAAUGAAGAGCAUACAGGGGAACUCUUCUCCGGGUAACUGCUGGUUUUGGCUCCUUUGCAAAUGUUGGAUCCUAUGCAGAGCUGUGUGCUGUUAGUUAGCAAUACUUCAGUUCCCCAGAUUACCCGUUUCAAAAUUGGUGGUUCAGGAAUCCUCAGCAGGUCAGUGUGUUUGUUUAUAUUUGACAGAGCAUAAGUUAUUGAGAGCCUAAGGUCCAAUAGGACUGAGCUGCCUCAAUGAACAUAAAUGGAAAGCUCGCCGCAAAUUCAAGGGAUAGCAUGCAAUCCUGCUCUCCCCGCAUGUAAAAAGCCUUUACAAGCCAAAUGGUAAUAUAUAUUUGCUUCCUAUGAAGAGUAAAAGCCUGUGCAGUUGAGGACCUCCCUGUGCACUUGAACAGAAUGGGGGAGGCAAGGGAGAGAAAUUCAUCAAAGCGUCUUGGCAUCCUAUUGCUAACCAAAGAUGGAAACCUGUUUAUGUGCAGGGCUUUUGGCAAUUCAAGAUAAGUACUGCAUAAAGAAAACAAUCCCGCAGAGUAAAAGAAAAUGUAAAUAGUUCCUCCCCCCAUAGCAGUACCUUCUCUCAAAAUAUGAAUUGAUGGAGCAUAUUACCUUUUAAUUCUGGGAAAUGCAUGUAUAAGGAAGUCAGUUUGAUUGAUUGUGUGAGAUGAAAUCCAGGCUGUGACCUCAUUUGAAUCUCUUAUUCCAGUGGUGCCAGGAUGCAUGUCCAUUUCUAUCUAUUCAAAGCAGAGGUGGCUUUCCAGGUGUUGCUGGACUGCAACUCCCAUCAUCACUGGCCACACAGGAUGAGGUUGAUGGGAGUUGAAGUCCCACAACAUCUGGGUGGCUCCCCUCCUACCCCACUUUAAAGUUUUGGGAACUAGCAGGGCCUAUCCAGGUGGUGACAUGAAAAAAUGGAUUGCAAUUAUUCACCUAAUGCCAGCUUGUUCAACAGUAAAACUCUACAGGCAUUUGGGAAUGACAGAAAGGAAAAGUCCUUCCUCCAUGCCAUGUUCUCAGUCCAGACUAUGAAUGGAAGGAUUUGUGAAUUUCAUAUAUAUUUCAGGUAACCCAAAUAAUCUUCUCAGUUGUCCAUGUUUCCAGCCUUAAAUUGUUCUCCACAUUUUGCAGCAGUCUGUGAUUUUAAAUUUUUAAAAAAUCCUUAUGAAAAUUCAUUGUUAUUUCAGAGCAUUUCCCUUUUUUAACCAUGGUUUAUUGGGCUUUUCACAUUAUUACAAUAAAAUGGGAUAAUCCUUUAGUUCCUCUCCCCCCCCCCCCCGGUUUUGCUUCCUCUCUUUGAGCUCACGGCCUCUUCGUCUUGUUUGUAUAGCUACAGUAUUAUCAUCUCUGGCACUCAGCUACAGUGUGUCUAGGUUUCCGCACUCUGAUGAAUGUGUGUCAAUGUUCUGCUGUAGUCCUAGAUUAACAUUCAUUAACUUGGGGAAAUUCCCAUCGCUGCAGUGUGCCUCCCAUUACAUCUAAAUGCAGAUAUUAUUCGGCAAACAGUUCCUAAAAUGCACUCAAAAUCUCUUGGAAGCUUGAACUUUGUAGAGCAGAAUUUUUUCAUGGAAUGCUGGUUGCAGGAGGUCCUGUAUCCAGGUUGCUGUGCUUGGUGUACUCCAGAUAGUUCCAAUAUUUGUUUUGAUGACAGUGGAGCCAUCCUUCUUGCGCUUUUGAUAAUCCCCACCUGGCAGGUAUGCAACCAACUGCAGUGGUAGAGUUGCCUGUUAAGAGGGAUUUGUAGAGAACCAGAUUAAUUCUAGCCCCUGCACUUCCUUCCAGAAAAUUGGAUUACUGUGCAGUUCCAUAGUAGGUGAGCUAUGUCUUUUAUAUGCAGUUUUGACUAAUGUACAUAUUUUUGAAAGCAUUUUUUCCCAUUAUACAAUCAUUUCUGUAAGUCAUUUUCCCUAAAUAUUUUCAUUUUUAUAUACACUUCCCCCUAAAAUAUGCAUUUUUGUAAACAAUGGUUGGUUGGAAACUGCAUCACAAAACUUGAAUUCGGCGGAGUUUUGAAGGAUAGCUGUGUUUGCUUUGCAUAUUGUUUCUAAAAUACAAAUUUGAUCGAUUCGGCUUUCAGUGCUUCCUGAAUCAAGUCUUUCCCUCAUCCCUAGUCCAGACCUUUCUUCUCACAUGUACACCAAGGCUAUAUUUAAAAACUUUGAAUGUAUCAAAUAGCUACCUGCUUAUACGCCAUUACCUAAGCAACCAGACUGAUUCCUGCAAAAGGAGAAGCAACCUUUAAACUAGCAUUUCUUUUUUCUGUUUGGGGGGGGGGCAUUUUUUGCUUGGUAGAGGUAGCAUCCUUCCUCUAGCUUAGUAAACGCACCCUUGUCCUUACGCCAUCGCCAGAGGGUCAGGCAACUUCCCUUCCGCCCAGCUUGCUUCUGCCGUGUCCGGCCUUUGGCAAAGCAUUCUUAGGCAGCAUUCUUUGGGAAACUGCAUGAAAUGAUGGGCUCUGAUCUGUUCCAGAAGACCAAAAUGAAUUCUUACUGCAGUUUAAUCUUCAUCUCACCACCUUUUUUUAAAAAAAAUUCUUCUUUAAUAACCAGCAUGUCUCCCUUUAAAUGCAAAAAAAGCCUGUGAGUAGCGUGAUUUCAUUGGGAUCAUGCUGCUAAGAAAGACAACAGGGUAAAUAAAGCUUCCAGCCUCAUCUUCUCAGCGGUAGCAGCUCGGCUGUGAGAACUGUAUCCUCAGGCCAGACGUCCUUCUGUUUGUGUUGAAGAGCCCUGUAGUUAGCACUGCUAACUGCUUUGCAUCCUGUAGAUUAAAGAAAAUAUACCCUGUCAAAGUGGAAAUCACACAGGUACUGAUAUUGCACAAUUUGUGGAAAAGUUAUAGAAGUUAGGCAAUACCCUGCCAUAGCCUUCCUGUAGUUAAUAUCACUGAGGAAACUUCCAGAAGUGACAAAGGAGGGAAAUAAUUGACAUUUGCUUCAAGCAGGGACACAGCAAACCAGCCAAAACACACAGCAGUCACGACUUGAAGAUAAAGGGGCCUGAACUCUGGGUACUGUGGGAAAUGUUACCUCUCUUGAAAGGCACAUGCGCCAAGGGAGCAAGCUUUUUUCGCUCUGAAUUAUUAUACAUUGCCUUAUAUUGCCCUUUACAGAGGUGUGAUGUGAAUUUCUUGUCAGCUGUUAUUUGGGCUCAGAGCCCAAAGGAAACACUGCGAGUUACAUUUUCAAAGUAUUCACUAAAACCAGAAGCCAAAACUGAAGCUGAAAGUGCUGCAUGCUUUCAGCAGCUGAUUUGUU